AUGAUUAGAUGGACACAACAGGCCGAUCGGAGGUUUCUGGCAAUCAAAACCUUCCUGCAAAAUCAGAUGCUGUUUCCGACGCCCGGUUCCAGCACCUUCGUUGGCACCUCCAGCAUGGAGCCCCCGUUUGCAAAGAUGCAUACGCUUCAAGACAUGGAUCGCGUCGAGGAAGAGUUAAGGGACAAUGAAAGAAGACAGCUCACUGUUACCUUUCUGGCCAAGCUGCGAGGGGACAAUGUUCACGCCUAUGCCGACAGGGUUAUUAGGACCCUAUUUGACGAUGACAUCACAGCCUUUAUGACAUUUACAGGGCGCGGUGAACACAAACGCGCCUUUGAUAAAUCGUUCUUAUUCCGAAUCGUAUCCGAGGCCUUUGAACUGUGGUGCGUUGCCAACAAGGGUAACGCGGACGAACGACACAGUGCCUUAAUGAGAGCCCUUUAG